GCAGAUUUGAACUGAUGUACUUCCCUUUUCACAUGCCUGUGGGUUAAAUGUGUGUUGGAGCAAUAAUUCGAAUCACAUUUAAUCUUUAAUUCGAGCUCUAAAAUGUUUAAAAUAGAGGGACUCGGGCCAAAGAUGGACCCGGAGGAGAUGAAGAAGAAAAUGCGAGUGGACGUCAUCACGUCUGUUCGCAACUUUUUGAUUUACGUUGCGCUUCUCAGAGUCACACCUUAUGUUUUGAAGAAGCUGGACAGCAUAUGAAACUUCACCAUGGUCGGAAUCAAUCCCUGUACAGAUGAGCAUGCAGUGCCUUGAUGAUGCUGCACAGAGCCAUUAACCAUGCCAGUGAAUGAAGAGAUCUAACAUUGAGUUAGACUGUAUUUAUUUAAAAAAAAAAAUAAUUAUACUGGCUGCAUCUGAAUGUAAUUUGUUCCCAGCCAUUCUUCAUUGAAAAUCAAGAGUUGUCAUCCAGAAUGUAAUGUUCAUGAUGGUCUAAGCAAUAAAUCUUUCAGUUAUUCCCAUUA